AAUAGAGUUAGCCAUGUCUCCUUCUGGGUUUUCAGCAUCUUCCACUGCAGAGGAAGUUACUCAUGAGAUUGAUGGGACUGGCCUCACUGCUAUUGUCACAGGAACAACCAAUGGUAUUGGCACUGAAACUGCACGAGUUCUUGCUUUGCGUGGGGUCCAUGUGAUUAUGGGGGUGAGAAAUAUGGUUGCUGCCAAAGAUGUCAAGGAAGCAAUACUUAAGGAGAUUCCCAAAGCUAAAGUUAAUGUCAUGGAGUUAGAUCUUAGUUCAAUGGCAUCAGUUCGUAAAUUUGUGUCACAGUUUAAUUCUUCUGGUCUUCCAUUGAACAUCCUCAUAAACAAUGCAGGAAUUUGUUCUACCCGUUUCAUGCUGUCCAAAGACAACAUUGAGCUACAAUUUGCCACAAAUUACUUGGGUCAUUUUCUUUUAACAAAUCUUUUGUUGGAUACUAUGAAGAAAACAGCACAUGAAAGCAAGAAAGAAGGAAGAAUUAUCAAUGUCUCCUCUGAGGGUCACCGAUAUACAUAUCCUGAAGGAAUCCUUUUUGAUAAAAUUAAUGAUGAAUCAUGUUACCAAAAAUGGCGUGCUUAUGGACAAUCAAAGCUUGCUAACAUUUUACAUGCCAAUGAACUUGCAAGAUGUCUUAAGGAAGAUGGGGUAGAUAUCACUGCUAAUUCUCUUCAUCCGGGAACCAUUAUCACCAAUAUUUUUCGUCACAAUAGGGCACUAUCUGGUGUAAUUAAAAUACUUGGGAGAUUUAUGCUUAAAAGUAUCCAGCAGGGAGCAGCAACAACAUGCUAUGUAGCAUUGCACCCCCAAGCGAGGGGAAUCAGUGGCGAGUAUUUUGUCGAUAAUAAUGUUGCCAAAGCAAACUCAAAGGGAGUAGACGUUGAUUUGGCCAAGAAGCUAUGGGAUUUCAGCAUGAAUUUGGUAGAAUACAAUACCCAUCACAUGAUAAUUGAUAACAUUUGGACUUGCAAACUCAAAAGUAGAUAAAAUCUCAUUCAAAAGAUUUGGCAUUUGAGCGCCCCAAAAAGGAAAGCACAAUCCAAAUUCCUAUUCACUGGCGUCUUUACGAAUAGUUCUUUCAUGACCUUUUAGAGAGCUUUUCAUGAAAGGAUAUCAAGCUGGGAGAUUCGUAGAGAUUCACUACACCUUCAUUGCGAUGGAGUUUGAGGAAGCCUUUAUGAUUUCUUUUGUUUUCAUUUCCUUUGCCAUG